AUGCGGUUUAGGACGGAGCUAUCAAAUAUCCCCGUCUUUGCCAAACUAACCUCAUCAUUAACGUCGCUCGGUAAAAUAUGUUGGUUACGCCUCGAGAGUGACACGGUGCGAUUCACCAUUAUCCCGGACCAAGGGACGCAAGUAUGGGCGGCACUACCAGCCGAAGCCAUCUUCGACGAGAGCUACAUUCUUGAAUCGGCUGUAGAGGUAAUUAACCUCGAGGUCCCCAUCGGGUCUCUAUCUCGAGCUCUACGAUCCGCCGUUGGCGCGAGAUCUGCCCAACUACGAUUAACGAAGAGGGGAAGAACCCCUCUUCUUGUAUUGACCAUUGUCACAUCUUCAUGGAAACCACGAAACGAUGCGUUGGGACUAGAUUCUAAUAAUGAUAUCUCGGAGGAUCACACCGGCGACGGUCUAAUGCAGCCACCGAGAGAGGGCGGCCGAGAUCGCGAGACAGUUAUCACCCAAGAGAUACCGAUAAGAUUGUUACAUCAAUCCGCGGUAGAGGGAUUACACGAGCCUCACUGCCGGGAGCCAGAUGUACACAUUAUCCUACCGAGCUUGGCUCAAUUAAAGGCAAUCUCGGACCGCUUCACAAAGCUGGCUGUGAGCAACAGCAAAUCGAAUGGAGCAGGACCACUGUCAUCAUCCGCUUUUGGUCCCAAACUCGAAAUGAGUGCCAAUAUGCAUGGCUCACUUAAACUCGGCAUCGCUACUGACUCUUUGCGGAUUUCCAGCGUCUGGACCGGGUUAGUGAACCCGCCACUUGACCCAAACCAAAUGGGAGACACGGACAUGGACGAACUUCCUAGUGAACGAAUGCGGCGACUAGGUGCCGAGCCUAACGGCGAUGAAGAAGCUGGAUGGGCAAAAGUGAGAAUUGAUGGGAAGGACUGGGGCAGAGUUCUCAGCGUAGGACGACUGAGCCCCAAAGUCGUGGCUUGCUUUAUUCACGAAACCGCCCUUGUACUUUACGUAUACCUGCGAGGUGGCUAUUCGGGAGAGGAGUCUUGUUUAACGUACUAUAUUAACUCUUAUGCGGCUUGA